CCGUUUUCGCGGUCGGGCCGUAGAAGCGAUAGCGGCUUUAGCGGUGGCGCGGCCCGUGCUCCUCGUGUGUGCCAUAGGGGCCACUGCCGGACACGGACACACGACAGUAGUGCGCGUUCGUUUACAAGAUGGCAGACGGUCCGUCCGCGGAGGACGCGACCGCGAACGAACUGGGGGACGGUGAUAUUCGUGUGACGAGGGAGCGACACAAACGCCUGGACGCCAACACGCCGACCGCGGAACUCUUCCCGGCCGCUACUCAAGACGCGGCGAAGCGCGUCCUCGAGAACGUCUCCACGUUCUACGAGGUGGACGAUCAUCGUCGUCCUCAUCACGACCGCCGUGUUCAUUAUCAUCAUCGUCAUCAGCAGCAACAGCAGCAGCAUCAUUUCUCUCAGCGUCAAUCUUACCAUCAUCAUAAACUACCACUGCAUCAUAAUCAUCACCACUGUAAUCCUCAUCGUCAUCAUCUUACCAAUCAUCGUAACGACAACGAUCGUGUUAUUAACGACGACGGCGACGACGGCAACAGUGGUGGUAGUGGUGGUGGAGGUGGUGGCGGUGGUGGCGGUGGUGGUAGCAGUGGCGGUGGUGGUAGUGGUGGUGCUACCACGACGACGAAGACCAUUAGUGGUGGUAGUGGUGGUGAUUCGACGUCGUGCGUCGACGCGACUAGAGCAGCGAGCGACGACGACGAGGAGGAGAGCGGUAUCGGUGUCGAGGCGCGCAGCGGUGGCAGCGACGGCGUCGGCGUCGACGGCAGUGGCGGUGGCGGCAGCGGCGGCGGCGGUAGCAGCAGCAACGGCAGCGGCAACGGCAGUGCCAGUGGCAGUCUGUACCACGGCGAUGUUAGUGGAAUCAAGAUAGUUGGAAGCGCCGUGGAUGAAGUGGAUGACGACCGCAGUGGCGGUGGCGGCGACGGCGACGUCGACGACGACGACGACGACGACGACGACGAAGACGAAGACGAAGACGACGAGGACGAGGACGAGGACGAGGACGACGGCGUUGAUAGCGACUGCGGCGGUGAUAGUGGUGGCAGUAGUAAUAGUAAUAUUAGUAGUAAAAGUGGUGCUGGUGGUGUCGGAAUCAUGACCGGUCGUAAUAGCAACGCGACUACGCGCGUCGUCGGCACUGGUGUCGUCGAGAACGCCGACUCCAAAGUGGCCGACUCGACAUCGUCGCCGUCGUCGUCGUCGCGACGCACGAGCGCGGACGGUGUGCCGGAAGUGAACGACCGCGGGGGUAACGACGCGACUGCGGCCGCGAUAUCGCGCAUGAAACGGGCGAGCGUCGUCGUCGUACGAGAGCCAGCACUGGAGCAACAAAUGGAGCAGACGAGAGGAAACGCAAAGGACGGCGGCGACGCCGCGACAGCCAAGACGGACGGUAACGGCGGCGGCGGCGGCGGCAGCGGCGGCGGUUGUGGUGGCCGCGGCGUUCCCGCCGCCAUCACCAGGAACCAGGGCAGUCCGUUCAAGGGACAGGUCAGGAUGGCCGAGGACACCCUCGUUGGGCCCUGCGGCAAGAAGCGGUGCGCGGAUCGAUACGACAGCUCCGAGAGCUCUGACAGUGGCGUCGCGGUCUCAUGCGGGGAAUGCAGCAGCAGCGGCACCAGCGACAUUACGGAACCGGGUUCCCCGUGCAGCACCAGCAGCGACGAAGGGGUAGCGAUACGUGGCACAUCCGCCAGUCCACUGCCGUCCCUGCCCAAGCUGGCGGCGUCGUCACAGGUCGGUACCAGGCCCCAGUGGCCCUGGACCCCGCCGUUGGCGGCGACCGCCUGCUCCACGUACAAGAGGCUGAGGGGCGAGCCGGAGGCUGGCGCGCUCGCCCGUUCCGGCGCCGCCGCCGACCCCACGUCCAGGGGGGCCGCCAAGGGAAACGGGAAGGCCGUCGGUGGCCAGCAUCAUCACGAGUCGCAGGGCAAAAUCACGGAGUACUUUAAGACACAGAUCAAGCCGCAGCAGCCGAAGAUCAAGAAAACGAGCGAGACGAUGUCGGUGUUGGUAGCCAAGAGCUCCUCGGAAUUCCGAAGACCGCCGGUGGUGCAGAGGAACAAGGGCGGUCUCGCGAAAUACUUGGGCACCGUGUCGGCCAAUACUCGCGGGACCCCGACCAACGAUUGGGAAGCGCGAGCGCUAACAACGACGCCGCCGGCCACGAAGAAGCCGCCGCUGGUCAUCGUGCCAAGGAUCAACGGCAAGCUGGACAAGAAGCUGCCGAAGCCGCUGCCAAGUCUGCCAAUCUCGAACGACGUACUGAAAAAUCUGCCGAGCUGCAAGAUCUCAUCACUUAGGUUACCCUCAGAUACAAGUCUCAGCACAGCUAAAUGCAGCUCUCCGUCUUCUACUGCCGCACCGUCGCUAUUAGGGGAAUCGGUGUCGUUGGACUUCAAGGGUUGCAUCUUGUCGAAACCCCACGUGAACGAGAACAACAAUUUGACGAGCGCCUGCGGAGGGAUCCUGGGCGCGCUGAGACCUCAGAGCAGCCAUGAUCCCAUGUCGAGGCUCUCGCCGUCAAAGGACAGCAAGGACGAGAUAAGCCAAGAAGCACCGGUCGAUGAGGACGACGUGGACGAGGAGGAGGAGGAUUCGAGGAGCAGCGCGUCGAAACCAUUGCUGUCGCCCAUUCUUUCAGCGCCUACCACCAUCCGGUUUCCGGCGCGAGUGCCCGAGAAAGACCGAUCGCGAUCCACGGAUAGCGGAAACUGCCGUUGGGACAAGUGCGAAGUCAGAUUCGAAUCUGUUAGCGGUCUCUUGGAACAUUUACAGUCUGCGCACAUCAACACGCAAACUGGCGUCGAUAACUUCGUCUGCCAGUGGCAAGGGUGCAAAGUACAAGGAAGGACUUCGUGUUCCCGACGAUGGCUGGAGAGACACGUUUUGUCUCAUGGUGGCAAUAAACCUUUUCGAUGCAUCGUCGACGGUUGCGGCAGCAGAUUCAGCUCUCAGACCGCUCUCGAAAGGCACGUGAAUGGUCAUUUCAAUCAGCCGGAAACGAACGGCAACACCGGAAAACGCAGUUGCGAGAAUGGCGGCAAGCUCGUCAGAAGGAACGGCAAGAAACUCAGAUACAGGCGACAACCUUGGUCCGCAAGGGUUUUCGACUAUUUUGACUCGGGAGUGAUGGAACGUUUGCAGUACAGGCUAUUGGCACUAGAGACAUCGAGGACGCAAGGGCGACUAGCUGAAACGCCAGGGAACUCGAUGGCACUAACUAGUCAAAUUUUAAUGAGGAGAGUCGAGAUGGACGGCAAGACAAAGGUACUACUACGGUGGUAUCCCCAGAACAUAGUACCGGAUGAAUGGGUACUAGAAUCUGAAGUACAAAGCACGAAGUACGUAGGCAUCCGCAAUGUGGCCGCUAGUAACCCGGAGGAGGUGAGUUUGGCUCUCUAUCCCGCGAUAAGCGCUCAAAUGCCGACGAUGCGAGUGAAGCAGCGCCGAAAACCGGUGAAGAACUCGUGAUAAUGUCGGUCGGCCGGAUCGGAUUGACCUAACGAGCGCGCUGACACCUAAACCAGAGAAGAACAAAAUACUACCGAUGUGUAGUACGGUCUAUACGUUUCCUGGUCGGUGAAGACAAGGGCCGCCGCAAGUUGCGACCUAAAGCCUGAAUGUAUCGAGGAGAAGAAAGAAGAGGAAGAAGACCGUUUAUAAGAUAACUUACCUAAUUUAGGAGGACGACCAAUCUACAUGGAUUCAGAUCGAUUAGCCAGCUAAGAUAAGAAUCACAGUCAGUUGAGAGACGGCGUGAAAGAGAUUAUAAUUCGGGACGAACCAAGUAGCACAGUAGCAAUAAGAAUAGAGGAACACACAACUGGGAAAAUCUCGAGGAGGAACUAGAGAGAAAGAGAGAAAGAUUAAGAAAAAAAGAAGAGCGAAAGGGAGCUUAGGAUCAUCCUAGUUAAAUCCAUCUCCCGUUUAGAGUCAAACGAGAGCCGUUGCUGACCACAACGAGACAUUUACUCUUCGUUAUUCAUCGAUGGUAACGCACCAAUGAGCUGAUUGGAUGCGGAUCUCUGUCACGAAUAUCUCAUAUUAUUCGGAGCUCGUCGGCCUCGGAAGAGCUAAGUCUGGGCCUCAAAAGUGCCUCACCGUGGAUACGUUUUGUACCGUUUUCUCGCCGAUCAAGAUCCAGGGAAGAGAUAGAAAUGUGGUGGGAACCGGUAACGAUAGUCAAGAAUUAAAAGGGAAAAAGAAAUGCGAAAACAAGAAGAUAAGGAAGAAGACGGUAAAAAGAAGCUUUUGCGUAUGUCUACGUUCGAUUUUUGCUGAAGGAAACUGAGAGAGUGCACAGAUAAAAUGUUUAAACGGUAGUUAACAAUUAUAAGGAGAUAAUCACUCUGGUGGCCUUAGGACUCAAUUAAUAUCUAACAUCGGCCCUUGGCACUUCCGGGGAACCGAUGGAUUCUGGGGAACCAAAUCCUGGGGACGAACGAGAUCUUCGACGAUAUUCCGAGAAGAGGAGGAAGAAAAGGAGCGAAAAGAAGAGAGAAAGAGAGAUGCGUCUACUUUGAUGUACACCUCGGUAGAAACUCGCGUCGAUUAUCGUACGAGAAAUCGAAGAGAGAGAUAGACGCAAGAGGAAGAAUAUCGUGGACAACGUGAAGCGAAGACUGCGCCAAGAGACGAAAAAAUCAGAUUAGAAGAGAAAGAGUAUGUUAGGUGAAAAUGCAAGAGUAUGAGAGAACGGAGAAUGUAAGAGCGAGUGUAAGAGACAUAGAGUGAUGUUGCUCCGAACCCGCCGUUAUUUCCCUGAAUGGGGUUGACAGUCUCUCAGGCUGUGUGAGAGCUCGGCAUGAAGUUGAAAGAUUGUAGAAUCGGACGACAUGCACGCCACCGAGAUUUCUAUCGAAUAUUAUGUCCUCAUCUUGAAAUGCAGAGGCGAUGUGUACAAAAUGAAAUUAAAGAAAAGAAUCUCAAAGCCCGAAGCAUGCCCGAGCGCAAAGAGGAAGGGAACGAGACGCGCGUCGGGCUUGCUUCGUUCCCGCGCCUGAGAUAUGUUCGAUUUCUCGUGUAUUUCAUCGUCGCUUAUUAUUAUCUUUCUGCUGAGUCUCGCGCAGCGUGUUGAUGUACACUCAUCGACUUGGAAAGUCGGAUUUCAUGUCGAUCUAUCGUUUUUUGUUUCAUUACAAGUAAACGAAAAGCGAGUCGAGCCGCAAUAGAAAUCAAAAGAGUGUGAUCAAUACACUGCACGAUCGUAACCGAUGAGCUGUUACCCUCAAAAAGGGUAAAUUACGAAGGCUGUGUUACAUUUCUCACGGAGUUGUUAGAGGAACGCUGAGAAAAAGAGAGCGAACAAUGUGCAGUGCACGCCGUCGCUUCCGCGACGCUCGUAGGUAGCCGUAUCGCAGCUUGCAGAGAGAAAAAAGGAGUAACUUUUAUGAUUAUCUGUUGCGGCGGCGCGGAGCGCGACGGCGUGCGUGUGUAUAUAUACGUAGCGGAUAAAGAUCCUUGUGUAAAUUAAGAGGAGAAGAUUGCGUGUGUUGUAUCGAUGUAUGUGUGUGUUGAUGCGAUCAAAGAGGGGGGGGGGAAGAGAAAGAGAGAGAGAGAAACGCGUAUGAUUAACAAGAGAGAACGGCGUGUACGAGAGCGUGUACGAAUGCGAGUGAUAGAUGAGGAUCUAACGGGACACACGGAAAUAAAUAGAUGGUACGGACAAAGACAAAAUGUCAUGCAUACACACCAGCUAAGAAACACUGCCAAUACGAUUGUAUAUAAUUAAGAACUCUACGACAAUUAAUCGAUUAAUUAUUCUUAUUAUUAUCAUAAAGAUAUGGUUAAGUGUAUAAUCAAAUAGAUCUCUAGCUGACGCGAGGAUGGAUGUGUGAAGGGAGCGGCUGCACUGAGAACGUGUCAUCGUCGUCGUCGUCGUCGUUGUUAUGGUCGUGGUCGUUACUUACGCUCUGCGGGAUGCGCGUUCUAACUCGAUGACAAUUCUACUUUCUGAACGACCGCGCGCAAGGAUGUGGCGUGUCCGCAAAUAUAAAUGUAAAUACUUAGUUGAAAUUAUCGUAAACGAAACGGCAUAUACACGAUACCGUGCUCGCAGCCGUGGGCUUGCCUUCGUCACCGCUGGAGGUCGAGCUUGUCGCGAGUACUCGAAGGCUAUCUAUAUCUCUCUGUACCCGUUGAUUUUCGAGCACAGCGUUCCCGCGAGGACGACACACAUAAACGCGCGCAAACAUACACCCAUACACACGGCGGCAAAGGUGGUGAUGGAUCCUCGCUUAUCUAUGGACGGGUCGAGACCGAAACGCGUCACUGCCAAAAUCACGCUCUGCCAGCUCCGUCUCGUUUUUAACGGCGCGCCUUUAGCGUAUACUUUGUCUCUAUUUGCACGAAUGCGUGUCAGAUGUCGUGCUUCUAACGAACUUCGUCGGUCUUUUCUCUUUGUUCGCAUACACAUACACAUGUGCAUACAUAACGUAUAUACAUUAAGUAUACACGAUAUACAUUAAGUAUAUACAUUAAGUGUAUACUCGGCCUACCUGCAGCCACCAUUUCGUUCUCCGGAUUCAUUUUCUCUGAGUGCAUAUCGUCGUUCUUCUUACUUUAACAUCGUUCAGCCAUAAUACGAGGAAAAUUAAUUCUUCAAAAUUUUCUACUGAACAAUUUUCUGAGAACAAAAAUUUCGAAUCAGAGCGACAUCUUGUUACGAUAUUCGUUAAUAUGUAAGCUUAAACGAAAUCCAUGAUUCGCGUCUCUUCAUUCUCUCUAAGUAAUUUAUUUUUAAUUUUAAGAAAAUUGCGAUCUGUCACACUUAAGCGGCGAUUCCUUCCUCAAGACCGACGAUAUCCUCCGAGCGCUCAUGUGUCGUGCACUGCCAAAACUUCGUCGAACACGUAAAAGCGAGGCACUGCCAACGAGACAUACAGAACAGGACGAUUGUGGAAAGAUAGAUAGAUACGAGGACUCCCCGUUUGGAUUCUCUUCUUCUUCGCAUCGAGAAUUCGCUUCGCGCGCUUUAAACCGAUCCGGGUUUCACCGAGACAGUGCCAUACGUGGGGUCUCUCGUGAGAAAUCACCGCGCGUUCCUCGUGAUCGGCACGUCCCGCUUUCGGGUCGAGACACGACAAGCUGUAAAAGUAAAAUUAGAAAGCAAAGGAUAGGUAGUGAUGGUAUUAAUUACACACACACACAGACUUAUAUGCAAUGCGCUUUAGAUGUGUAAGUAACGAAGAAAUCCAGAAAACCUGUUUUAGUAAAAAAUAUAUGCGUUCAAACGAUUGUAAUUGAGAUCUCUUGUAGAUCUUUAUAUCGCUCGUCAGUUGAUGCUCCUUCAGUUGAUACGUGAGCAACAACUAGAUUUCGAAAACUCAUCCUCGCUUCGUACAUCUCAACAUUUUAUACUUCGUCGUGUCUCGGCCGUUCAUGUUCAUCGCUUACUUUUUAUUUUUUCGUGGCGCGAUUUCGUUUCCCGAACGCUGAUUUCUGUCCUUUCACCUUUUCGACCGCGAGAUUUCUCGUACGAUUAAAUAUGACUGUUAGUCGAAAUUGCGUCGAUCACGAAAGGGACCAACCUAACAUUUUUUACAUUUUAAGUGAAAACUUACCCAUCCAAUUCAUCGUUCUGGUUACGAGGUAGAAAUUAUCGUUUCGCGAAAGGUGCGAAAAUAUUUAAAAAAUAAAAAUUUAUUUGAAAUGAGCAAUCGGAUCGAUUUUGCUAAAAAAAAGCUCUUAGGUUAAUACAAAAUAAUGCUGCGCGUUAAGCACAGGCUCUCCCUACUGAAAAAUUUCUAUUGAGAUCUCCGAAAAAUAUGAGAUCUCAAUUAUUUUAUACGAUAUCUCAAUUGAGAUAUCAUAUGAGAAAUAGAAAAACUUUUGCUUUUUAAAAUUUUAGAUUAUAUUAUAAAUAUUAAAUAGUAUAAUAUAUAAUAUUCAUAAUAUAAAAACAUUUGAAAAGGGAAAGCUUUUUUAUUUUUUAUAUAUCUCAAUUGAGAUAUGAUUACUUUCUCAUAUAUCUUAAUUGAGAUCUCAUAUAGGAAAUUUUUCGGAAAUCUUACUUGAGAUCUCAAUAGAAAUUUUUCAGUGGAGCUAUUAGAUUAAUGAUUUGUGUGUUCUUUAUUAUUAUUAUACUGUUGCUAUUAUAUAUAUAUCGUGAUACUUCUCGCACGAGUAAAGGUGAAACGAUAGAAAGCGUCUUCGGCCGAUCGCGCUUGAUCUCGUGGAAUGGAAGAAACGCAAUAAAUAGUAGAGGGAGAGAGAUCAAAAGCACUUGUGGAAGGUCCUUCCAACAAAUUGGACGACCCAUUUCUCGCGACGUAAAAUUAAACUCGAGCGAAUCAGCAAUAUGGAAAUCACGCGGAAGAAGGUACAAAAAAAUGUAAUUUAAUUAAGUUUUGUUAUAAUCUUCGAACGAAUGGGGCAACGAUCGGCAUUUUAGCAAUCGUGCGCUUUAUUAAAUUAAUUUGAGUCUGCGCGAAAUUUACAUGCGCUUAGACUGCUCGCCCGCCACAAUUGCGUUCGGCGAGUUUAAUUCCGACACCAAGUAUUCUCUACGCUAACGUAUUCUCUUUGUGUUGUAAUUAGUUGCGAUUAAGAUUUUGUACUUGUUCGCCGGCUGAGAUCGAACGAACUGCAUUUAGUUACAAGAUACUUUCUUUUUUUCUAUCCUAUCCUUGACCCUCGCUCGUCGCGUUUUUUCUUUUUUUUUUUCCUUUUUUUUUUUUACAAAUUCGUGUCCAAAUCGGCAGCGAUGAACAAAUUUUCCCCUCUGUAAGUACGAUGGAUAUUCAAAGAAGGAUCACAUAGACUUCACCACAUAGCUGUAACGUCUCGUAUAAACUUUUACAUUGUUUAUAUCGGCCUGCUGACAAUUCUAAAUUAUCGAUAUAGUAACUUUUUUAAUGUAAAUGCGGAAGAAAGAGAGAGAGAGAGUGAGAUAAGAGUGAGGGAAGUGGAUCGAAGAAGAUGGAAAUGGACGUAUGUGAAAUUAAUAUAGACGAUUUGUAUACGCUUUUUAGUGCACGAAGUCCGACACGAGACGGAAAUCAACUAUUUCCGUUCCUCUUCUGGUGUUCUUUUCUUUUUUUAUACACAUGUUCGUGCGUUUUUUGUAGAGUUAAACUUUAGUCCAUGCGACGCUACGCGCACUGAAUAAUGAACGUACAUUUAAGGAAGAGAUGCUGUAAAAGUGUUCUGUAAUCUAAUUAGGUCUGCAAUCAGCAUUAGAAGAAGAGAAAGGAGAAAAGAAAGGAGGAAAAUAUUGCGAGGAAACACGUGGAUACUCAUUCUUUCUUUCCUUUCGCGUGUUUUUUUUUUUGUAUUGAGCUUUGUUUAAAUACAUACACAUAUAUUCAUACACACACAUAAAUGUACAUGUAUACACUCGCCAUAGAUUUACUUUUCGACGGUGCAUGCGUGAACGUUUGUGUGAAAUGGUAGGAGAGAAAGAGAAAGGAACAGUGAUCGUAAUUAACAUAGAACAAAGAAACGAUGGGCGCGAAAUGUAUAAAAAGGAAUUUGAAAAUGUGUAAAGAGUGCAUGGGAACGCAUGAGAAAAAACGAUUAGGACGGAAAUUCGGUGGGCACCGUAUUUUUGCAAAAAAAGAAAUUAGGGAAUAGUAGACGAAAGGAAUAUGGACACACAAAGGAAAUUUUAGCUGUGAGAUUCUCUUAAACACCGUACAACUAACGAUCGCUGUAUUUUAUCAAAUAAUUACAUCGCGUGAGCAAAAUAUCUUCUUCACAGACAAGCCUUAUGUUUCCCGGCGAUAAAUCCAUGCGAAGAUUUGAGAAAUACGCGCGAAAUGCUCGAACAUCUCGUUCGAAAAUUAGUAAAAAAGAAAAUCCACGAAAACAUGUAGAUAUUUUGAUGUAAUAUAAUUAUAGACUGCAUUCAUUUUUCGAUUGUGUUCUAACAAGUCCAAAUUUUAUCCAUUUCAAAAUAUACUUUUUCUACGGAAAAACACAAAGCGCAAUGUAAUAUUGAUCGCUUCAAAGUCAUUUGUAUUAACUAGUACAUCACUCAUACAAGAGCGGAUGAAACGGCGUGGAAUUUCCGAGCAAUUUGGAGAAAUCGCGGGUGUAUCUUUAUAAACAAACACACAUGCAUAUACCUGUAUAUAUGUAUAUAUAUAUAUAUAUAUACAUAUAUAUACAUAUAUAUACAUACAUCAUACAUACAUACGUACAUAUAUAUAGGUUAGAGGAUCUCACAUAGCGUUGACGAAGGAAAGAACGAGUGAGAAUUAAAGACGUCACAAUGCGAAGGGCUCGGUUUUCGUCUGGCGGCUCUCCAGUUUUCGUCUGGGUCGCGUACGAAGAGAUGUAGAGUGUCAAUACAGGUUUACACAGCACUUGUAAAUGUAUAAAGGGAACCUAGAAACCGAUUGAGAAAUCGGCCGCGUUAGAUAUUAUUUUAGGGCGGACGGCGGGGAGGGAUAGAGAAUCGAGAAACGUAAUUUUCGUCGGUCGUUUCUCGCGCCGCUGCUCGCGCGGAGCUGUAAAUAAUUGAGUGUAACGCGAUAUACAAAGACUCCUCUCCCGAGAUAUGUGCAUAGAUAUAGCUUAUUACAGAUAUAGUGUUUGCAUUUAUUAUAAAUUCUAUGUAAAAGCGUGACGAAGUCAAGCGAUCGCGACGAGGGCCGCUUUGAAUUUAUGUUCGGGGGGGAUCGCUAAUCCGUGUGGAUCAGUAUUAUAGGUAUGUUUCUUUUAGUCGUUGAUUCCUUCCAGGGAACUUGAUGAAAAAUUUUUAUAUAUUAUUAUUACUCUACUACUAUUACUGCUACUACUAUUAUUAUUACUACUACUACUAUUACUACUGCUGCUGCUGCUAUUGCUAGUACUACUACUACUACUAUUAGUACGAAAACUAUAUGUCUAUUUUAAUUCGAUUGACUACAUUGCAACGAGAAAAGAGUAAGUCGUAAUUAUUUUACGGCAUUGAGAAUUUCUCGACAAUUCAAUGACAUGAUUUCGAUCGCGACCCCGCGAGAUCGCUUCGGUUUAGAGAACUGCUUGUACUUGUAUAAAAGUAGGAAAAUAUAUUGCAUAGUUUAAAGUAAUAUGGUUUAUAGUGUGUAGAGAGAAUUCGAGGUAUACGCGCGAGAGACAAUGAUGAAAACUGGCGAGCCCCACUUGACGAUUACCUUACGAGCCCUGUGGAUUCAUGAAUAGAGAAAAAAAAGGGGAACUAUUUGCCACUCUCGUUGCCGACGAAGCGGCGAGAAUCGGCGCGCGACCCCGACCACGAGAAAUGUCCUUCGCCACGGGUCAGAUCUCUUUCUCACGCGAAAACGAUGUUUGCACGAGGAAACGACUUCUCGUCGCUCCGUCGAGAUUGGCGUAAUGUUUCCCCAAUAUCCGACACUCGACAAGACUCGAUUUAUUGCAUAGCGAGGAGGAAGCGGUAGAGAGCAUGGUUGUUUCGCACUGCCAAAUAAUAAAUAAGAAAAGGAAGAAGAACAACCUGCGUUCAUUGUGUGGAUCGACCGAUCGUUGAAAGCACCGCCGGUGUUCAUUAAUCCACAUAGUGGUUCUACGAGAAACAAAAAGAAAUGAUGCAGAUGUAAUAGAUAAGAAGCGCACGUGAGGAAAGCUUCGGCCCGUAUGAACGAGUGUGAGAGGCGAAAGAGAAAUAUCCAAGUGUCGAACAGUGCUUUGUCUUUUUGGAUACUUUCAUGUACAAACACGAAUGACGGUUUAUAGCUCAAGAACAGAACAUUAAAGAGAUAGAUAUUGUAAGAAAAUAAUAAUAAUUUCACGGUUACGAUAUCGUA